AUGAACGACAAUCUCUUUUUUUCGGAAGGCAAUGAAAAGAGAAACUUUACUAAAUUCCUGGUGAAUUAUCUUACAGUGCUGGUAAUCUCUAUUGAAAGUCAUGUCUUGUUAACUUUCUUGAAUCUCAACUUGAUUGUUAUCCGGGCAGAAUACAAUAUCCUCCAUUUUUCUAGUGAAAGUGCUACAGUAGUGCAAAGUUUGCAUUCCCAGCUACUGAAAUGCAUCAGCAUUUGUAAAACAGUGGGACAUAGAGCAAAUAUGAAGAGCCCCAAUAAUGAAGGCCUCUGUAGUAUCACCCCUGAAGAAUCAACCAGUGAAAACACUGUUGGGGCACAUCCAGAUGUGAUGGCACAGGAGAAUGACCUGCAUGAGGGAGAUUCAUUGGAAGCCACUGAAGAAGGAGGACAAGAUCCAAGGCAACCUAUGCCAAUGCUUUCUGAGCAUGGUGAAGAAUGCACAGCACUAAGUUUUGAAAAUAGCAUUGAAGGCUUGCCAGUCACGAUGUCAAACCCCGCUAUUGUGAAUGACAAAGACACCAGCACUGCGCCUAUUGUUAGUGAAACAGAUGCUGACUGUUAUGCUACUACUUUUGCAAGAGAGUCUGAGAAAGAUCCAAAUAAUACUGCUUUGGAGCAGAUUCCUGCAUUAGAUUCUACCUGGACAUCAGGACGUGAAACCGAGGAAAGAAAUUCCAGUGAAUUAGAUUUGUUGUCACAGAGCGAACUGUUGAUUGGAGGAGACAAGACGCACAUCAGCCUGUUGCCUAAGAGUGAGAGAGGCAGAGACUCUUAUGCCAUUAAAGAAAUCAGGCAGGAGACUGGAUUGGAAGUGAGCCUAAAUAACGAAGGCCUCUGCAGUAACACUGCUGGAAAAUCAACCAGUGAAAACAAUGCUGUGGCGUAUUCAGAUGUGAUGGUGUUGGAAAAUAAACUGUGUAAGAAAGAUUCCUUAGAACCUACUGAAGAAAAGGAUCAAAGGCAACAUAGGCCAGUUCCUUCUGAGCAUGGUAAAGAAUGCACUGCAUUAAGCCUUGAUGAUAUCCCUAGAGGCUUGCCUGCCUUGCUGUUAUACCCUGCGAUUGCGAAUGACAAAGACACAAGAACUGUGCCUCUUGUCAGUAGAACAGAUGCUGAGCAUUAUGCUACUACUUUUGCAAGACAGUAUAAGGAAAAUCCAAAUAAUACUGUUUUGGAACGGAUUCCUUCAUCAGAUUCUACUUGGACAUCAGAACCUGGAACCGAGCAAAGCAAUUCCAGUGAAUUAGAUUUGUGGCCACAGAGUGAAUUGUUGAUUGGAGGAAAGAAGGCGCGUAUUGUUCAGCUGCCUAUGCAUGAGAAAGAUUUUUAUACCGCUAAAGAAAUCAUAGAGGAAACUAAAUUAGAAGUGAGUAACAAGGAAGAGACUUUAAUAAAACCAGUGGGGCUGAACACAGGUAGUGUAGACAACCUGGUAAUGAAGAAAGAAAAUUGUAUUCCAAAUAAUCUCACAGCAGGAAAUUCAGACAUAAAUAAAUAUGGUACAUCUGGUAUUGAUCAGAGCUUUGUUGAGUUCAGAGGUGUCAUCAGCGAAGGUAGCAACAGUGGUGUGAACAGAGAGGACAAUCAAUUCCAAAUAUUUCCAGAAAAGGGUAGCGGGAUGCUUCAGGGUCCUCCUACUGUAUCCGGUUUGUCUUCAAACAGAUCAACCCUGUUGCCAUUAACCAUGACAGAACAACCAAUUGGUGACUUGGUGGCUGAAAAUGAAUGGCUAGAAAAGAGCAUAAACCCAGAACCAAACAUCCAUUGUGUGGAUUUACCAGUUAUCUUGAAACCUUCGGAUGCAUCCUUGAUGCCAGAAAAUAAAAACAAAGGGCAAAAAGCAAACACAUCUCAGAACGCAGCAGAACAGAUUAGCAACAAUGAAAUCACACAAACUGAAUCUCUGAGCAGGGGAAAUACAGCCUUAAGUGACCCAGAAAAUGUUAUGCAUAUGGGGAAGGAAGAAUCUGUUGGGGAUAAACUGUUGUUACUUGACAGAAGAACAAGCGAUUUCAUGAGUGAGAAUGACCUUGCUGAUCAUAAUAAAGAAGAAACUACAAUAGCUGAGAAAUACGGACUUACUUCUUCCAGAAACGAAGAACAUGAAUGUCAAGAGGUGCCAGCCUCAAGUCAGGUUAUACAUGAAGAUAUAAACUGUCCCCAAGAGACACGACUAUCUUUUGAUACGAAUUCAAGACAGAUCAGUCAAGAAGCUGCUUUAGAUGAUCAAGUAAGUGGUUUAGAAACCAAUAUCAGUGGCAAAAUUUUAGAAAAGAACCUCAGUUCGGAAUGUAAUCUGAAUAUACUCAAUGAUCAUUCACCGGAAUUAAGCGAGAACUUGGAGCAAAGAACCACAAGCCUAAAUGGAAAAAAAGUGGCCAGUCUUGAGUCAUCUGAAUUAUUACUUUUACAAGAAAAGGACAGCUUGGGGAGUUGUGAUCUUCUGAAGUUCAGUGUUGAAAAUAUUCAGUUCUCCUUUCCAGUCAAUAAAGAGAGAGAGGAUGUGGACGGUUCACUGUCCCUGCCUCCUGAAGACAAUGAUGUUCUGCAGAAUAAAAAACAGGAAUCCCGGGAACAGCCAGGAUUUGAGCUAUUUGGGCCAACAUUUGCUCAAAACACCAAAUCAGAAUUGGAAGACCAGUUGAUGGAUGAAAUAAAUUCAGAGACCGAUGCCCCAAAUGCAAAAAUAAUUGCAGUGUCUAAAACGGAACUUGAGUUCCACAACUUAAACGGACAGGCUAGAAGUGCUGAAUGUGUUGCAGCUGAGAAGACAAACAUUGUAGAGGAUGAAUCCCACUCUGAAGGUGAAAGAUGUGCCUCAACAGCUGGCAGUGGCCCAAACUCUGUACCUGUGACUACCGCUGAACAAAGCACUGCUGUGGGUAAGAAUGACGGUAAUGAAGCAAGACAGGAGGAAUGCGAAACAGGGAUGAAGAAACAAGAAGCUGACACAACUUUGGCACAAGAAAUCCAUAUAAAGUUGGACUCCACGCAGCAAGUGCAGCUGGAACAAGCAAGUGAAGAAAAUGACCCUAAUAUAAAACAUGAUUAUUCUGGCAAUCCUUUAGUAUCAGCUGUUGGAGCAGAAAUCAGUCCCCAGCCACUAAAGUUUGGAGACUUAGGCGAUAAUAGCAUAAGGGCAAACAAUUCUCCAUUCAUGAGCAAUGAUUGCAAGGAAUUUUUGGAAACUCCUCCCAAAGAGACUGUGGAAAAUCCACAGACGGUGGGCAUUUUAAUAACAUCUCCCGAAGUGCAGUCAAAUGAAAGCUCAAAGGUCACAGCAAGUGAAGACGGACAGUGUGUUUCAAACCCAGAAGAUAAAGAUCUGGAUCACGAUGGUCUUCAAACAUUUGUGAAUUCCCAAGGACAGACCUCUAACCAGACAUCUCCCGAAAGGCUACAAUCACUGGAAUUAAAUCAUUUCUGUGGCCAUGGGGAGGUUGAUAAAAGUGAACUACAACAAAUUGGAGACAAUCUACACAAGCUCCAGACAGUACUUGGUGGCCCAGAGACAAAAUCAACUAAUCUAUCCAAUGACACUGCAUCUUCAACACCUAUUUCUGAAUUUGUGGGGAACACCUCACAAAACAACAACCUGAGAAAUGUAAUUAACCCACCAGAGGAAGAAAGUUGCCUUAGCAAAGAAACCUUAAACAAUGUAAAGCAAGACGUUUCUAAUUGUCUCUUUUCAGGUGGUGUUUUUGAAGGACCAAGCCGGAGUGGUGCAUUUCCUGAAAACUCUAUUACAGUUAAACAGUUGGAUGGUUUAGGCGAACUUUCAGACACCAAAUGUGCAAGCAAUAUGGACAUUACAGAGUUUAUUUCAGUGAUACAGAAAACUGAACAGGCGCAAACCCUGCAGGAGAGUUUAAUCUGUGAAGGUGACAGUGGGACUGAUGUUAACUUACCAAGCAAAGAAGCAGAAUUGGGUGAACAAAGUUUACAUACAGAGAUAGAAGAACACCUGAGCUUAGCAAAUGAAGCUAUUCAGAAAGAUGAGCAAGUGACUUGCAAAGUGGACUUAGCUUCCCUGCCUUCUGAAAACACAAGAAUGGAUGAACAUCCUCCUGGAUUACCUAAUAGCCCAGAAGUUCCUUUGAGUGAUGCUUGGCAUAAAACAUGUCCCAUUGAAAAGACUGACAGCGUACAUGUCAGCUCUCAAGCAGAACCAACGCCUCUUUCAACGUUGGCAUUUCUACAUAAUGGGCCUAGCCAAGUAAACUCCCAAUCUACAGGCUUUAUGUAUCAUAGCCCUGAAGGUGAAUUUCAAAAAAGUGAGCCAGAAGCUGUGGCAUGUCAAGAUGUCUUCGACACCACUCCCAGUCUGCAGACUGCUGGUGCUACACACGUUGACUUAGGUGAUGCUUUUGAGGAGAGCAACACAACUGAUCAAAGGAAACCAGAAGUAAUGAAUUUAGAUUAUAUUCCUUCAGAAGCUGCCUCAGGAAAAGAAUCUUACAUUCCAGGCCAAGAGUCUGAGAUCAGUCAAUGGGAAAGAAAUUUGUCACCCUUUAAUUUCAAGAAGUUGCAGGAUGAGAUCUCGGCAAUUAAGCUAAAAGGGGAUAAAAGUGAUGUACAUUUUAAAGCCCAGCAGCUUAACAGCUCAGCAGAAUCUCUAUUCAGCCCUUCAAGUUUAGAAAGGAAGCUUUUGGACCUUUCAACGCUCGAUAAGCAAGCAAAUUGUAAGGAGGACACUGCAACAAAUAUAAGUUGUGAAGAUAACAAGCACGGUGAGAUUGAAGAAGAAAGGAGAUGUGACUUGAUAGAGAAAUUCAACCUUCCCAAGAUGGAAGGAGAUGUUCCCAGGCAGCCUGUAGCAAUAUCUGAAAAAGAUCCAGAAAUUUCAUCUUCCAAGGCAUUCAGCAUUGGCUUUUUUGAUUUCAGGAAACACAUUAGCAAAAUAUUUGAACAGGUAGCACCAAAUGUCGUGCCUGCCAACUUGCCUAACCUUGCCACUGAGCAGCGUCCAAGUGAGAAGAUCAGUCCAGAGGGUAAAGAAACAAAAGUUAAGCAAGGUCUGGCAGAUGUUGAAAAAAGCAGUGCAGAUGUAGAUCCCGAGAAUGACUGGAAAACAAACCAGCGCACAUUGCCUUUGGAGACCGAAGUCUGUAAUAAAGCCACUGAAGAGAAAACAGCUCAGGAACAAGAACUCACAGGAAUGCUGGCAAACAGUCAGGGGAAGGAUUUGCCAAGUGCCUUUUCAGAAAAGAUCCCUAUCGACGAAUAUUGCUUAACCGAAAACUGUCUUACAACUUCCCCCAAGUUAUUUAAGGUGGAUGGUUUAAGCAGGCAUGAAAUAAAUGCGGAGAUUAACGAUCACCUUUGCUCUUUAAGCAGUGAUACUGCUGAGAACGAACUUUGCACAGAAAAAGUAGAAUUUCCAUCUAGAAGUUUAGGAAACCAAGAAAUGGAGAACCAACUUUGCAUAGAAAAAGUAGAAUUUCCAUCUAGAAGUUCCGGAAACCAAGAAACGGAGAAUCUGCCAUCUUCGCCUAAAAACGAAGAGCCUUUGAUAAUCCCUUCCUCUACAGGCGUUGUUCCAGAUUUUGAUGCCACACCUGUUGCUACUGAAGUAAAAGAAGCUAAUUUAAUUAGUCUGUGUAACUUUGAAACAGAUGAACCUAAAGAACAGUUAACGUAUGACGGGAAUAAAAACAUCAACAAGGGGAAUGGUGACAAUACAGACUUAGCCAAGAUUUCAACAUUGCCAUUUCUUACAGAUGAUCUGGAUGCUCAUAAAGAACAAACAGAUCAGUCCGAGAUAUUGUUUGAUGAAAAUCCUAAUUUUUCCAAUCAGCAUACAUUACAAAACACAGCUGUUACAGUACUGGAUACCAUAGACAGUAAUAACUGGUUGCAAAAGUCCAUAGAGGAAGAGAAGAGACAGGACACAGCAGAACAUAAGCUAAUUACUUAUUUUAAAAAUGAAGUAAGUCCUGAUCACUCACCAGACGAGUCCAAAUUGGGAUCCAACAGUGUUCAAGAGAGUUGUAUAGAAAAGACAAAUGACAUCAAAUUGAGCACAGCAGAAGGACCAGGUUUUUCUGCUGAUGUCCCUCAAGCAGAUACUACAAUCAUGCUAAUUACCAACAACUGUGAAGCAGUUUUGCAAGCCAGCAGAGACAUUCAAAAGCCUGAUGUAAAGAGGCAUUCAGAAACCCUCCAAGGAAUGGAACAAACUAUACGUACAGAUGUGGAAAUGGCUUCUUUAAAUGAAGCCAAAGAAGAACCUGCAAGUUUUCAAGAUAUCCAGGAAAUAAUACCAAUUAUUUCACAUUCUGAAUUGGAGCAAAGCUUUCCCGGUUUACUUGAAAACAUGGCGACGGAAGAAUUACCCCCUGAAAGUUCUUCUGUUCCUGAUGUUUCCGUUAAAUUGGAGCCUGAUGUGGAUUCUUUCCAAAAACCACUGACCACAGUUCUCUGUGAUGGUAUUCUUGAUGCUACUGAGCUGACCACAGCAAG